CUGUGUGUUGGAUCAAUCUACGUGCUCUACGUUCACACACUAACAAAGACUUUCAAAUCAUGAACAUCAUCGAUGGCGCCGAUGAGGCUUGCUGGCGCCUGAAGCCGAGUGUUGUCAUGGCAACCGCGCACUUCACUGGGUCACCUUAGAAACUUUUCGACACUCGCUCCCGUCUGGACGACUUCAGACUCGAGGGCAGGCGUCAACUCUCGUCAAGGCUGCGUGGUCCGCCACACGGGGGACAUCUCUGGCUCCGCCCACCAAUCGAUGAAGCUCGUGUGUGGCGAGAACAGCUGACAAGCCCACACUGUAAACGCGUCAACCUCCCGGGCCGGCAGGACGCACGCACGGAAGGAGAAGAAGAUGGAGAAGAAGGAGAAGAUGUCUGCGUACGUCUACAUGCUGCUUCUGGCUUUGUGCGCGCGGGCGGGGACAGCAGGUACCUCUCAACUUUUCUUUUCUUUCACUUCCUCGCUCACUGAAGAUGAAGCAGAAACAUCUCUGCAACCAAAUAGAGCGCUAGGAGUUCCAAUCAGAUGAAGGCAUGGAGACGGAAACUGUAGAUCUUUCCACACAAAAGUUCUCGACUUGUAGGUUCCUGCACUGUUGGUUCUGAAAGUUUCCUCCUAGGUUGUUUUUCAGAAAUCACUUAAGUGUUUGCCAAUGACGGGAGUCCAUUCCAGAUGUUGAAGCGUUAGAAGAUGAAAAUGUGUUGGUGACAAGCCAAGAAACGGAUCAAUACGUCAAUCAAUACAAUUAAAUGUGACCCACAAUGUGUCUGAUCUGAUCAAUGACCCGAUGUCCUACUAAGCGGACCAGGACAACAGCCAGCAGAACUUGCUUGUUUUUGAACCGUGUCUGCGGAUGUUUGAUCUCCUCUUCGUCCCAAUCCCAAGGCCCGUUGAAGGUGGAUGACGGCCAAGAUGGUGGCGGCGUGGACGCCAUCAGCCACUCGCUGGCGCUGGUGCAGCGUCUGGAAGCGCUGCUCCUUCAGGGUAACGGCAGCGACGUGACGCUGCGGGUGGAGACGCCCAACGCCGAUGAGGUGAAGCUGAUCCCGGCCCACGCGCUGGUUCUGUCCCUGCAGAGUCCGGUCUUCGAGGAGUUGCUGCUGGCCCGCAACGGCAGUACGCUGACGCUGAGGGAGAGCGCCGACUGCGCCGCCGUUUUUGACAAGUUUGUCAGGUACCUCUACUGUGGGGAUGUCUCUCUGCGUCUGAACCAGGCCACGCCCCUGCACCAACUGGCCACCAAGUACCAAGUGGGGCCGCUGCAGCAGGGCAUCACGCGCUACAUGACGCAGAACCUGGCCAGGGACUCGCCAUCGGGCCACGUGGCGGGAUGGUACGAGUACGCGGUGCAGGCCGGUGACAUGGUGCUGAGGGACAGCUGCCUCCAGUACCUGGCCUGGAACCUGUCGUCGGUGAUGCAGAGCGGUGAGUGGGCGGGGCUUAGCAGCCAGCUGCUCAUGUCGCUGCUGCAGCGUUCCGACCUGGUCCUGCAGAGCGAGAUGGAGCUCUUUGCGGCGCUGGAGGCCUGGAUCGUACAAAACCGCCCCGACGGCCUGACGGCAGAGAAUGCGCUAAGAGCCGUGCGCUACGCCAUGAUGCCGCCGCGCGAGCUCUUCCGCCUGCAGACCCAGUCUGUGGUUCUGGCCCGCUAUCAGGAGUCUGUGCGGGACCUGCUCUAUAUGUCCUACCAGUUCCACUCGGCCUCGCCCGUGCACAUGGCAAAGUUCUUCGACGUCAACUGUAGCCUCUUUGUGCCGAGGAACUACCUGGCGCCGCUCUGGGGGUCCUCCUGGGUCAUCAGCAACCCAACCCGUGACGACCGCAGUACCAGCUUCCAGACGCAGCUCGGGCCCAGUGGUCACGAUGCCAGCAAGCGGGUCACGUGGAACGUUUUGUUCUCGCCGCGCUGGCUGCCGCUCAGCAUGAGGCCCAUGUACACAGAGACGGGCGCCAUGCAGCCCACGCGGGUGGAAGGGGGGCGCCCCCGCAUCAUCAUCACGCCCGCCACGUCCAGUGCUGACUUUGCCGGCGUCAGUUUCCAGAAGACGGUACUGGUACUGGCCCAACAGCAGGGCAGGGUCCUGGUCAAGCACGUGUACAACUUCCACCAGAGCACCGAGGAGAACGGCGACUUCCUGGCCGAGGCCGACCUGUACCGCCGCUCCUCGGAAUACCUGCUGGACGGAUCCCUGCUGCUCCAUGUUGUGGUCAAACCUCUAUACCAGAACCUCAUCGCCACCAAGAACUGAGCCCACAUUCCCAAUCGGAACCACGCCUUUGGAUCUCCUCAAACGUCAACUGACAAGCGAGUGUUGACGCACUACCUAGCGGGCCGGUUACUGAAUUACACCGCUUGACAAAAAUAUCACGAUUGACAAAGAGUGCGCCUUCAAACAUGUCACAGAACCAGCUGGUCACGUGACCGACCAAUCAGGCCAAGAAGGUUUGUUGUGACCAUAUUUGGACAGGAAGGCCGCAGUAAAAACAAAGACGAAAAAGUGAUUGGACAAGAAAUGAAAAUGAAAAAAAGAGAAGGAGACUUCCAAAUUGACGAGGUUUUGGGUCUAAGUGGAUCAGCGUGACGGUUCUGUUUGAGAAGAGCUGCUUUUUUCUCAUGUAAUGGUGCUAUUCUGUUCUCAUAUUCUAUUGUAUAGUCCAUCUAUUAGUCUGCUGCU